GCAAUGUGUAGAACUGGAACUCCCGGAGUAAAAAAAAGGAAGAGUGACGGGAAGCGGUGCUUAAAAUGUGCAUUUGACGUCUCGCCCAGCUGGGGGCGACAGCGUGCACGGAUUUGGCCCCUGUUGGCUGUCUUAUAACCGGAAGUAGCAAGUACUAUUGCGUUUCUCAUUGGGCAUGUCUUGUUUUGUUGAUACAAGAGUUAUUCAAAUAUACCUAUCUUGACUGAUGGUCUGAUGCAUCCGCCGGUCGUUGCAGGUCUUUCUGGCCUGUGUCGAGUCACCGAAAAUCUUUACGUGAGUAACGGCAGAGCGGCGAGUCGCGCCUCUCUGGUGAGCGCCAACAAAAUAACAUGCAUCAUAAACGUCACGGAGACCAAAUGCAGCAGUGACACUCUUCACGGUGUGGAGUACAUCCACAUUCCCUUGUCUGACACACCAACCACCCCACUUGGGGACCACUUUGACGAGGUGGCGGAUAAAAUACAGCACGUAGCACAGAGCGGUGGUCGCACGUUGGUGCAUUGCACCGCCGGGGUGAGCCGCUCAACUGCACUCUGCAUGGCUUUUCUCGUCAAGCACCACGGUGUGACUCUGAUGGAGGCUCACGCUCGGGUCAAGACCUGUCGGCCCAUGACGAGGCCCAAUAAUGGUUUUUGGAAGCAACUAAUCCAGUAUGAGGAGGAGCUUCGUGGGUCCACGUCUGUCCGGAUUGUGUCGUCUUCCAUGGGAGAAAUACCUGAUGUGUAUGAAGAGGCGGCCAGAAAUAUGAUGCCACUCUGACAUCCUGCUGCUUCUCGUGCGUGGGAGACUUUUCCGUUUGAUAAAUCAGUGACUGAUAAUAAUAUACCGUGUGCUCAUUGUAAACUUCAUUAUCUGCAUUUCAGUUACAAUUCACAACAACUUCAGAGCUACAUUAAAACGUGCUUUAAAAAAA